AGCAAUGGCAUCUUCAUCAUCAUCUUCAUCACAUGUUAACAUUAAGUCUGGUCCCAUCGAUGCUGAUGUAUUAUGGAUGCAACCUAAACAUGUUUCAGAACAUGUUUGGAAUGGGGAAGAAGAUAGGAAAUUACAUAUCAGACGAGCUGUCCCCACGUAUCAAGGGGAAGAACAAAUUCCUGAGCAAAUUUUUCCUUUUCUUCUACAAUCUGGUUUCGCCUGGAUUAUCAAGAUGGGGUACUUAAAAAUAAAUGCCUCAUUAAUUAGUGCUCUGAUUGAAAGAUGGAGGCCAGAAACACAUACCUUUCACAUGAGAUGCGGAGAAUGUACUAUUACUCUCCAAGACGUCUCUGUAUUGUUAGGUAUAAGUGUGGAUGGUUUACCAUUAAUCGGUCCAACAAAUCUUGAUUGGGCUGAUUUAUGUGAGGAAUUAUUGGGAGUCAGACCACAAGAAGAUGAAAUUAGAGGUAGUGUGGUUAAAUUAAGUUGGCUGGCUCACCAUUUUGCCCAAAUAAAUAAUGACGACGACGAAGAACAAGUACGAAGGUUUGCCCGUGCAUGGAUAUUGAGAUUCAUUGGAGGUGUCUUGUUCGUUGAUAAAAGCAGUAACAAAGUUUCGCUAAGAUACCUUCAAUUUUUACGUGACUUUGAAGAAUGUGGCAGAUAUGCAUGGGGAGCUGCCGUACUUGGUUUUCUAUACAGAGAGAUGUGCAAUGCCACCGAUUAUAAAACUAAAUCAAUCGGAGGUAUGUGCAUCUUACUACAAAUGUGGGCAUGGGAACGAUGUCCAACCUUGGCUCCAAAGAGGACUCCUUCCCAAGUAGAAAAUACACCACUGGGGCAUAGGUGGCUGCGACGUGGAAACCAACAUAUCGGCAAUGAUGAUGUGAGAGUUUUUCGUCGCAAGUUAGAUAUUAUGAAACGUCAUGAGUUUGUGUGGGAGCCGUACCCAUCAACCGUAAUAUCACUGUUGCCUCCCGUUUGUUUAGUCGGAAGUCUCGCGUGGUACGCGGUGGUGCCACUAAUUUGUUUCCAAGUUAUUGAGUGGCACCAACCGGACAGAGUAUUGAGACAAUUUGGGAUGCAACAGCCAAUUCCAGAGUCUCCUUCACAACCCUUAAACAUUCAUGGCAUAACAUUGAAAGGGAAACAUGACGAAAAUUGGGGGCAAUUGUUCGCCCCAAUGAUUGAUCAGUGGAAUAAUCGCCAUGCAUUUAGGGUCGACGCUUAUCCCCGACAAGAAGGCCUAUUGAGUUUUAACUCGGACUACAUGGUCUGGUAUAGGCGAAAGACAAAGAUGUUUGUUGACCCAGCAAAUGCAAAGACGGCUACAUUGGGUGAAGUUGCGGAGGCAUUACAAUACAUGGUGUCUCCUCAAGGGAGGAAUACAUGCACAUUUGAUGAUCUCGUGCCUUAUGUGGAAAAAAUUACAAUUUUAUCCGAAGAGCAAGAGAGAGUCACUGAGCCAGUGUCACAUGGUCCCGCAUCAGAGCGUCAAUUUCCUGCACAACAGUUUCACAUGCUUCAGUCAAGUAUUGAAACUCAGGGGAUAGACAGAAGAAGGGACAUUGUUGAAGCGGAAGAAUAUUCCCAACAAAUGGCGGAGCGUGGCCAUGGAAUGUAUUACACGCCACAAACAUUUGCUGAGUAUCCGACCCAGAUGUAUCAAUAUCCUUUUCAGGGUCAUCACACUGAUACUUCUGCAAGCCAGCAAUCGUUCGGUGGUGUUGCGGAAACACAAGCUCAUUUUUCAUGGCCCACAAUGACCCCUUCACAGCAAUAUCAUGGCCCAAUUCCAACACCUAAUGCCCCGUUAGGAACACAAUGGAAUGUACCGGGACCAAUACCUAAUACGGGUGACUUAUUCGGUGUUGAUUUGCGGCACGCAUUUUCUGCGGAGGCUGACGAAGAAGAAGCGGGGAGGCAUCGGGGCAGAAGAAAUCCUGAUCGCCAAGCACGAAGAUGGGAUCGACCAUGUGGCACAUCCUCACGACAUCACGGACACCAAAAUGAAUGAUUUGCAUGUCUUCGUUUAUUAAGCCUUUGUUGUAUAUUUGUAAUUUGACAUUCAUGGCGUAAUGUAUGAUAUUCAGUUUAUUAAGGCUUACUUAUGGAUAAUAUUUAUGUCGCGUAUCAAACUAUAAUAAUCAAUGAACCGUAAACCAAAUAAAACUCAAAAACUAACCCCUAA